AUGAUGGGGAUGAUUAUUCCCAAGUUGUCCCCUAUAAAUUCAAUCCACUUGGACAAUUAUUUGCUACGAAAUCCUCUUUACGAUGAUCCCGUAUCUCAAACUCAAGAGAAUGAUUACAUAGUAUCCCAAGAGGCCAAACUUCAUGAGAGAGUGGAAAGCAUGCAAGUCAUGAUGAUUGACACUUUUAAUAUUGAGGACCAAUUACUCUUAAUCCAAGAAAUGAUGCAAGACCUGCGAAGGGAAAUGCACCAGAAGUUAGUAGAGAAAGAUGCGGAAAUAGCAUUACUAUAUGCUCAAUUGAAAGGAAAAGCCAUCAUGAGUGAGCAAGAUAAGGGGAAGGCAAAUGAGAUCAUGGCCCACGAACAAUAA